AUGGUCCAAGAAUUAAGUCUUGUUUCAGACCCUAUUGUAUUGCAUAUUUGGUCGUGCCUUCACAAUUAUGCCUACAAUGAUGCUUUAUUUGCAGCUGAAAGAUUAUAUGCUGAAACACACAAUAGCGAAAGCCUUUAUAUACUGGCAACCAGUUUGUAUCGAAUCGGCAGGCCGAGACAAGUUAAUAAACUACUCAACUCUGUCAAUUCGUUAUCUCCUAAGAGUCGAUACUUGCUUGCAAAAUGCUACUAUGACAUUGGUUCACUAACGGAGGCUGAAGAUGCUAUACUAUUUUCUGGUCUUUCUUCUUCGUCCCUAGACGAGAUAACCAGUACUUAUGAAGAACAAUCUUGCUACGUUUUGCUACUUCUAGGGGAUAUUUGCAAACAUCAAGGAAGACUUAGUGAUGCUAUUAUUUACUACAAAAAAUGUCUCGAAAUGAAUCCUCUUAUGUGGUCUGCAUUUAAAAACCUCUGUAAUAUCGGUGAAUAUGUUGAGCCUUCCUCUGUUUUCCAGAAUCCUAGCGGGCUUAAACUUACAACACCUGUGUAUGCCGUUAUGCUCGACGAUCUACACAGUAAUCCGUAUGAAAGUGCUUCACGAGAAAAUGUCAACCCUCAAAACUGUGAGUCUUUUACCACUCAGGCUUUAAUGUCGUCAAAAGAUUGUGAAAGUAGUGAUCAGGAAACAUUUGUUGAUACAGAUUGUCUGUACACCAAUCAACGUCAUUUUGUCUCGUUUUGCUCUAGAAGCUUUAUUGGUGAUUUGGUACCUUCUCUUAAACCUGUAGACGUUCAUACCCCAGACAAGGUUAUGCCUUCUGCUUUGUCUCCGAAAGCUCCAAAACCUGUUAACCGAGUUGCACGCAAAUUGGCACAAAAUGUAAACUCGCAGUCCAUGAAACCAAAUGUACCUCGUUUUGGUUUACUUUCUUUUUUUCCUCAAAGUCCCAUGUUCGCUUGUGUUCCCGUAUUUUCAAAAAUAUCUGAGAAUCAAACUACAUCUCCGGAAUCAAUCCUCUCGAAAGCUGUGCAGUUGCCUUCAAGUCAGUGCUUACCAGAGUUACAGUUUACUCUUAACUCAUUAAAUAAUAGCCAAAAUGAUAUAACCUGUUUCCAAAUCCCUCGUCAGCGAAAUGAUACUUCAUGCAACAACAACACAACUAUGGGGACUAAAAGGGCCCCUCAUAUUGAUGAAUCGAAUGGAGACAGAAAUGCUGCAUAUAACGUCAAAAUUAAUACAUCUGUUACCUCUUCAGAGAAAUCUAAUGCUCUCUCCGAUACACCGACCAGUGCUCUACGUCAUCUUGUCUCCACUGCAGCAUCUAAUCUUGGUUUUCUAACGCUUGAGCCAAAUGUUACUUCAACUACCACCUCUCUUGUCAGCACACCAAGUGCCCGUCUUGAGCCACCUCUUCUACGUAGUACUUCUCAACGCAAUUUGUAUCCUACGCCCAGCGCCCGCCACAACCGCGAUUCUCUCUCAGUAUUAAGAUCAAAUUUGCAGUUUUUCAAUCCUGCUUCUCAAAGUCCUGGCAUGUUGACUUCUUCUUCAACACCAAGACCACUUUCGAGUCAACAAACAUCUACGGGGUGUCGAGCUGUCGAGAACAUCACUUCUGUAGACAUUUCUACAGGUGGACCUCGGACAAGGUCUCAGGUUGCAGCAGCUGCAGCUGUAGCCAGAGCUUCUGGGAUUCAGAGAAAGUCGAAUAGAUUUUUAAGAAGCCGAGGUCAGAACCGCAAGUUUGAUUCUAAAUUACUACUAUCGGACUCGACGGGAAACUCUGCAAACAUUCAACCUAAAAUAACCUGUUCAGGUGUAUAUCCUGACCCCAGUUCCUUUAAAAGUAUACAUACUUCUACAAAUGAAGAUGCACCAGAUUUCGGAUGCAGCAAUCAUUAUAAUGCACCCUUGUCAAUCGAUGCCCCACCUAUAACAGAUGACCCGAGAAUGCUCUCACUACAACAGUAUUUAAACUUGUUAAGUCAACUUGGCAAAGCUUAUCAGAUGUUGGUGCGACAUCAGUGGCGUUCAGCUACCCGUCUACUUUUAAAACUUCCAAGCUCUCAACUUCAUACUGGUCGUGUUUUGGCGUGGGCAGCUCGUGCUCAUAUGGAUAAUUCAGAUUAUCAAACAGCUCAUAAGUUGUUCAAUGAAGCUCGUCGUAUGGAACCAUGGCAGCUAUCUGGAAUGGACUUCUACUCGACAGUAUUAUGGCAAGUCCAAGCUGAUCAGGAAUUAUCACAAUUAGCUCAUGAUUUAUUAGAACUUGAUCGUAAUGCUCCUGAACCUUGGUGCGUAGCAGGUAAUUGUUUCUCUUUGCAAGGUGAACAUGAAGCGGCUAUUAAAUUCUUCCGUCGUGCUCUUCAGGUUUCACCUACGAGUGCUUAUGCUUGGACACUUUUGGGUCAUGAACAGUCAACUCUAGAAGAGUUUGAUCGAGCACUAGCAGCUUUCCAGUUCGCCUUAAGAAUUGAUCCAAGACAUUAUAAUGCUUUGUUCGGCAUCAGUAAUGUUUAUUACAAACAAGAAAAGUUCGAUCUUGCCGAAAAUUACUUGGUUCGCGCAGUUGCACUUUUCCCUCAGUCGCAUUUACUUUUGACUCAUCUUGCAGCUUUACGCAGUCGACUAGGUAGGCUUGAUGAUGGGUAUGGAAGUGCAAUGGAUCUGAUUAGUCGUGCUUGUAAAAUUCAACCCAACAAUCCACUAGCUCGCUACCACAAAGCAUCUAUUUUAUAUCACCUUGGACGUUAUUCUGAAGUAUUAUCGGAGCUUCAAAAACUUUUGGUUUUAACUCCACGUGAGGCUAUGGUUUACUUGAUGAUUGGACACACCUACAAAAAACUGGGAAAUACACCACAAGCAAUGAUUCAUUACUCAUGGGCUAUGGAGCUUGAUCCUAAGGGUGCUAACAGUCAUCUGAGAGAUAUAAUGACCAACCCACCAAUUUCAAGUCGCGGGAUGAAUCGACAAGACACUUCCGAGUCAGGGGGUUGCGUGGGGGGCCAAAACACCGGCAACUCGGCCAGACCACAUUUCAGCUCAUUUCAACUUGGUGUUUGUGCUAACUUCGAAGAAGAGGAUGGUAAUGAGAUCAUUGACCGAGCUUCAGGAGCAGAUGAAGAAAUGCCGUUACACUGGCGUACGUUUCAGAAGAUGAGCGUUCUUUCAUGCUACAUCCGAAAUGCUUUUUGUAAGUUUCGAUUGCUGAGUGCACAGAAGAGCUUUCUGUCAACCACACACUUUGGGUUUGAAACAGUAGCAACCAAGGAUAAGCAAUCGAAAGUAAAUCAUGUGUUUGAGAACGUAUCCAAGAAAUAUGAUUUGAUGAAUGAUAUAAUGAGUUUUGGUGUUCACCGUUUAUGGAAAGAUUGUUUUGUAAGCCGAAUUAUGCCAACAGAUAAACUAAAGUACUUAGACGUUGCAGGUGGAACAGGUGAUAUUGCCUUUAGGUUAUUUAAGUAUGCUAAGCAUAUUAAUGGAGUGCCCGAAGUUCCGAGUGUGAAACCCCUCACUGGUCUCGACGUCACAGUUUGUGAUAUUAGUCCAUCCAUGAUGGAAGUAGGGAAAUCACGGGCGGAAGAAUUGGGGUUUUCUUCCAUUCAGUGGAUAGAAGGAAAUGCUGAAAACCUCCCGUUUAAUGAUAAUUCGUUUGACGUUUAUACUAUUGCUUUUGGAAUACGCAAUUGCACACAUAUUGAAAAGGUUGUUUCAGAAGCCUAUCGAGUACUACGUCCCUGGGGUCGAUUUUACUGUUUGGAAUUUAGCAAAGUUGAAAAUAACUUAUUCAGAAACAUAUAUAAUACAUAUUCUAUGCAGUUAAUACCUGUAAUUGGUCAACUUAUUGCAGGUGAUUGGAAUUCUUACAAAUAUUUAGUUGAAAGUAUUCGUCAAUUUCCUAAUCAAGAAGAAUUUGCUCAUAUCAUUACACAAUCAAAAUUUGAUGGUGUUAAUUGGAUUAAUUAUUCAAAUGGUAUUGUAUCAGUUCAUAUGGGUUAUAAGACUCCAUCCAAGUAG